AUGGGCUGGCAGAACGACAGCUACGAGGAUAGCUGGAGCAGAGACUGCCAGGCUUGGAAAAGCUCGUCCUGGGACUGGGAGGCUUGGGAAAGCCCCGGCCAGCCCGCCAACUACGGGCGCGACAGAAGUUGGAAAGAUAAGGACGACGACGAGGCUUGGAAAAGCCCCAGCCAGCCCGCCAACUACUGGCACGACAAAAGUUGGAAAGACAACAAGGACGACGACCAGGCUUGGAAAAGAAAAAGCUCCAGCUCCAAGGACGACGAGGCUUGGAAAAGCCAGAAACCGUCGGCGAAGAGCUCCUCAGACUCCGAGGGGCUCAACUCGCACAAGCGGCCGAAAGGCUCGGGCACCACUACGAAGACCAGCCAAGACAAAAGAAGGGGCAAGCAGUGGGAGGUCCUGGAGAAAAAAGGUGCCGAGCACGAGCCAGACACGGUCGAAAGCAUGAAGGCACACUUGGAAAAGUUGGCUAAAGUCGACUUCAAAAUGAAGCAGCGGCUCGAGGAGCUCAAAUACGAAGAGGAGCUUGGAAAAGCGAAGGCGAAGAAGGAGGCGGAUGAGCUUGGAAAAGCUAAUCCGCCAUCGAGCUCCAGCAGCUCCGAGACCCCGCAAGGCAAGCGGCCAAAGCUGCCCAAAGUGGAGGAGACGAAGGAGGAGGAGGAGGAGGAGGUCGAAGAGGAGGUGGACUGGGAUGCCUCAGAGGAGGACAAAGAGAAGCUUGGAAAAGCAUCUCCUGCUCCGCAGCAGGGCAGGCAGGGCAAAAAAGGCUUUCGAUCCACCGGUGACGUCAAGCUGACACCAAGGAGAAAGGUGGUGCAGCUGGACUUUCACAACUGCUUGGAAAAGCACGUCUGUGUUGUGAACGACAGCAUUUACGCCCGGACUUUAGCUGCCAAUUUGUGGGCACCUCUUUCAGUGAGCAAGUUCUUUCUCGACGCAUUGCAGACAUUGCCUCGCGGAGAGUGCCUCCAGCUGAUCGCUUUCGUUGGCAAAGCAUACCCGGCUGUGCUUGCUGAAGCUGAGCAGGCGCUGGACUGCAGUCUUGCCUGCCACGUCCCUCACGACCCAUGA